AUGACACCGGAAAGGCCUCCGUGUGGCCCCUUCGUAGGCGCAGCCACCGACUGUGUCGCGCACUUUUCCAACGUAAUUCUCGGCGGCAGUGGAGCGAAACAUGUGCGCGAACAUGCUGCCGGGCAGCCUCAACCUGGAGUCGCAGCUCUUGUCCAUCAUGGACGUGCUGGUGAAAGCGGCCGUGGCGGAAAUCGGUCAGCUGUUCUCGGAGAGCUCGUCGUCCCUGCGCCUGCACCUAACGCAGAGCCUGAGGGAGAACGAGGCGCUGAGGAUGAGGAUGAAGGUGACGAGGAGCGAGCUCUUCUCCCUCCGGCUGCAGACCAGGACCAACCGGCCGGCGAGCCGCUUCUCCUCGUUCAGAGGAAAUGUCCCCAAAACACGGGCCAAACCCCAAGUCGUCAUUAAGCCCCCAGUGGCUAAAAAACCUGCUGGGGAAGGUGCCUGUAUUACUCUUCAACCAGACAGUAAGACUGCCAUUGCCACUCAAGUGGAGUGUGCAGAUGUGGAGAGUCCAGAUGUGAUCCUGAUUAAAGAUGAAGAUGAUGUUGGUGGAUGUGGACCAGUUGUAGGUCAUGGCGACUUUGGAGGUCACAGUACGCAGGGAGGUGUUGCCACAGGGACUCAGAAUUUAGAGCCUGCUUGCUCCUCCUCUGUGACAAGUGAUAAUGACGAGCUGAGAAUCGUGAGUGUUCACGGCCGAGGGGAAGGGCCUCUUCGAGAGGAGAGCGACAUCCUUUUCACUGCCUCUGAACUUCAGGCGUUGAGCUCCCUGUCUCCAGACCACAAUGUCACUCACGACGGUCUCCUCAACUUUACCACUGGUGCUAGUGACAGUGUACCGAUGACAGUGAUGCAGGAUAACAGCGUUGGACUGGUGAGAAACAGCCAGGUGGACCGAAAUCAUUCCACUCAAAUGGCUUCAACAGCGAUGAGCUCUGCAAUGAAAACAACAAUAGUGGGAGCUGAUGGUCAAGUGGUGGGGCACCCCAGUCACAUCAGCCCAUUCUCCCAGCAGCAGAACAUCUUCCCUCACGGCAUCAACAAAUCCCUAGACUGCAGCUUCUGUGGCGAGCGCUUCCUCUGCCGCGAAGACCUCAUUGUUCACCGAGCAAGUCACACCGGAGAGUCACCCGUUUCUUGUUCCUUGUGCGGCAAGACGUUUGUCAACAAGACCACAUUGAGCAUCCACAUGCGCAUACACACCGGUGAGAAGCCGUACGCUUGUCCACAGUGUGGGAAACGUUUCACGCAGAACGGCAGCCUGAAGAUCCACCUGAGGACUCACUCUGGUGAGAAGCCGUACACCUGCAAUCAGUGCACCGCCAGCUUCAACAACCCCAGCAACCUGCGCAGACACAUGAUAACGCACAACACGAACGGGGCACUCUGACCACAGCUGAUGAAACAUUUAAUGUGUUUUACCUUUUUCCAUUUUUUUUACUGACACUUGUGCCACAAUGUAUACUUUGGGGAUGCUGUGUUAGUCAUGGGUCAAAAUGUAUUUGAUAACCUAUGCGUACAUUAGUGUGUAUUUAUUAACUUUCCACUAAAAUCCAUGGACUCUUGUGUGUUUAAUAAGAGUGAGACUUGUAUUAUUUUUAAAUCUAGGAAAACUAGCAAUAGGAACCAUCAAAAAUAAUUAUUCCUCCCUUUUUUUUUUAUACUGUUAUUUUGAUGCCACCGUUUUAGGUUACUACUAUUACCCUUCUGCUUGAGUAACUUUUUUCACAUGACUUAACCAACUCUACACUACAAAGCUGUAGCCCAGCAUGAUACUGCUACAUGAUUGACUUGGUGUGUAAUACAUGCUGAUCGCUAAGCAAAAAAUGAUCAGAAACAUUGAGGGUAACUCUGGAAUAAAAAGUGAGCAAUAUGGAUACAUUUUCAAUGAAUAUAUGAGGUGUAUAUUGUGAUACAAUACAUUUUAUGUAAACUAAGGAAAAGGAGUUCAUGUUCUAGAAAGUAUAUAGAAAAUAAGCAAACAGGAAUUAUUGUCCGGCUUAUUCCAUUAAUUAAAAAGGUUAAAUCAAAGCAAUUUGAAUGAAGGUAUAAUUGAAAGAUUGAUGCAUCAUGUCAGUCCACUUUUGGCAUAACUGGAUUUAUAUCAAUAUUAAAGGGAUGGUUCAACUGGUACUUCCUGGCAGAAUCCAGUUAUUAUAUGGUCUACAAAUUCUGGGUACUGGUAUUAAUGGUAUGUUCACUGUUGAAGUGUUUUAAACUUUAAAGUUUUUUUUAAAAGUUUGCAGAGUUUAAUAGCUGUCAAAUAUUCUGACAUCAGUCAGAACAUUAGAAUCAAAGAAUGAAUUUGAAAUGUGUGGCUUGUUUUAUAGUGAUCUGUAUACAUAGCAUAUAGGAAGGGGCAAUUUGCCCUCUUUUGCCCUAAAUUUUUUUUAUGAAUGGUUCAAAUAAAAACAAACUACCUCCA